UCAUAACACUGUCUUUCUGGUAAUAGGAAGCAUCACAAUAAAAAUCACAAACACGCUGAUGCUUUUUGUCGACUGAUAUAUAAAUCUCCCUGGUCCGUAGACGAGCAAGUCGCACUAUACCUGCAAGAAUAAUACAAAUGGUUUAUUCAGGUGAACGGAGCCCACUACGAACGCCAUCUCUAUGGGAACUCUGAACAUGGAGCCUCUCUGAUAGUGAAACCACAAGAACGAGGACGUUACCUUAUUGCGGGCCUCAUUAAUUCAACGCACCAUAUUGAACCUAUGAGAAAUCAAAUCUAUUUUACGAGGAGAACCCCACACCUAAUAUCGCGAAUUCCAACUAUGAAAGGAGAAGUCCACUAUAGAAUGAUGAAAUUUGAAGCUCGCACGAAUGGAAAUGUAUCCUCUCGAGAUAAAAGAAUGAAGUCCAUUCCUCUUGUCGUUGAGGUUUACCUAGUCAGCGAUCACAGCCACACAGUAGGACUACGGAGGAGGUCGUUGAUACCUUUAGAAUACAUGUCGACAUACAUGUAUAAGGUGAGCCUGUUACUGCAGCAGUUAAAACCCCCUAUAAGAAUCGCCUUAGUAGCAUACGAACGCACAUAUGAGAGAAAUGUCAAAUAUGAAAAGUUCACGCGUACUGGAGAUGUGGACGCGCAUGGUACAAUCACAAAACUGAGGCAGUACGCAGCAAAAAGCAGUUCAGUUCAUCAAUCAGACUUGCUGGUUUUGAUCGCCGGAACUCGGAUGGUUGAUGCCUCAGCGCCAGCUGGGGCUCCUGAUUUGCUUGGACUUGCACCAAUCGAGGGAAUAUGCAGCGAGUAUAGCGUAGCACUAGUGAAAGACACGGCUGGACGGUACACAGGUGUGCAUUCAACGGCCCACGAAAUGGGACACUCGUUCGGAUCUGAUCACGAUGGUGAAGGAACCUCAGCAAUGUGUCCCGCCGCAGAUGGGUAUAUCAUGACUCCAGGGCUCGAAGAAAAGCACAGUGAGGAGUUCUCAAUUUGCAGUCGCACAGUAAUCUCCAAAUAUGUAACCUCACCGGCGGCAGAAUGUCUGAAGUACGCUGCAUCGAUGAAGGUUAUCGGUGUCUACGCUCGUCCAAUUAAACCUCCGCGGCGUGGCAAGUCAUCAACACAAAGUUGAGAAAUCAUACUAGUUCAAGGUGUGCUAAAAUAAACCCCAUUGAAUGCAACCACAUCACUAUUGCAAAGAUCAGCAGCCACGUUUCUUCGCCGCCUUUUUGUUGCUUCAACUUUGUUUCUGAUUUUCAUCACCAAAGAAAACUGCAUGUAACGCCACUGAGGCAGUUUUUUGCGUUCAACUUGUAGAGUGGCCACAUUGUACUCUGUAAUAAAAUUGCUGAUUUG